GUCUGACUGUUGGUGAUGAUACUAUUAAAUAUUUAUAUAAAAAAUGUGUUUGGCUUUCGAGAAUUAAUGUAAAUUGACCGGAAACAUAUCGGAUUGAUUUGCAGAUAUUUUGUUUUUGGCCAGAACGCGCAGACGUCUUCUUUUUAUGGAAGAACGCCAGGAAUGGAAAACAUGCCAGCUUUAUGAUGAUUUAUCACCCCUCUUAUUAAAUAAGAUCUGUAAGACCUUCCCAGUGGUUUCCAUCGAUAGAUUGACUUCUCAAUAUUUAGUAUUAGUGGUCUUGGCGGCCUUAUACGAAACCAGAGUACAGCUAACAUCGGAAUGAGAUGUUUCCAGUAUGGAUUUUCCUUACUACAGAUACAUAAAAUUCACCUUAAUUUACAGAAUUUCUAGCGGCAGGGAUAGGUUAUAGUACAGAAGGAUAUCGAUAUUUUCUCGUUGGUACACGAGUCUUCUUGAAGCAGCAGUGUUUAUAUUGCUAAAAUGCUGAGUUAUUAAAAGCAAUCGAAUGCAUGAAUGAGUGAACGGUGGAUGUAACAAAAUGUUAUUGGAAAAUCCGGGUAUUUGUGUGAUGUAAACGUGAACUUGCUGUAUCAGAAAAAUGUGAUUUUACCGAGAGUUGUCCCCAAGCCUUCUCGGACACAAUGUUACCGCUCGGGGUUAAUUGUUUACUAAAUUAGUUCUCUAUCGGCCAAGGGAAUUAAAAUAUCGGAUAAUUUACCAUGUCGACCAUUAGGAAGGCCUAUAUGGAAAUAUCAAAUGGCAUUCGUGGAUUGAGAUUGCAUCGAGAACAACCACAGCCAGCUCAGGCGACAACUUCAAAAGAAAUUGUGAGUAAACAGACGACAAACGGGACCACGGUAUCGUCAGCUCAAGGUGGCAGGAUGGUGCGGUCACCGAAACCUCUGAUCGCUAGGAAAAUACGUAGUUUGUUUGGUCGGACUCAACCGACUUCUGUGAGGGAUUUAUUCCUGGAUGAAAGAUUUCUGUCAAAGUUUUUUAUGUUCUUCUCAGCAGAAGAAAGAGGAAAAUUAUCUCAAGUGUGUAGAGCAUGGAAAAAUAUUCUUUAUCAGCCAAAAUUCUGGAUAAAUGUGAUUCCUAUAAUUGCAUGUAGGGAGUUAAGUAAAAGAGAUGAAACGCGGCGUUCUUUUUAUGAAAGCUUGCAACAACGAAGUUUUGAUGCCGUCUGCCUUUUUGGCGCCACUGACGAGGAUAUAGCAGAUUUUGUAAACCAUUUCUCAAACUGUAAAAAGCAGAUUCGCUCUAUAAGUCUCAGGUGUUCAAAUGUGACCGAUUCAGGGUUAGAAGUUCUGUUUAAAAGGCUUUCUGGAAUUUAUCGUCUGGAAAUUUCGGGAUGCAAUGAGUUAACAGAAACUGGCCUUUGGUCAUGUUUGAAUCCAAAAAUAGUAUCUUUGAGUGUCAGUGAUUGCAUAAAUGUUGCAGACGAUACUGUCGGCGCCGUGUCCCAGCUUUUACCCUCAUUGUACGAGUUUAAUCUUCAAGCCUACCACGUGACUGAUGCAGCUCUAGCGUUCUUUAGCGCUAAACAAAGCUACACAUUAUGUAUUUUGCGUUUACAAUCUUGUUGGGAAAUUACAAAUCAUGGCGUGGUGAAUAUCGUUCAUUCAUUACCAAAUUUGACCAUUUUAAGUUUGUCAGGAUGUAGCAAGAUUACCGACGAUGGUGUUGAACUUAUCGCGGAAAAUCUUCGAAAACUGCGUGUCCUUGACCUCUCGUGGUGUCCACGUGUAACGGACGCUGCGUUGGAAUACAUUGCUUGUGAUCUGAACCAAUUAGAAGAACUAGUUCUUGACAGGUGCUCACACGUGACAGACAUCGGUGUUGGCUAUCUAUCUACGAUGACGUCAUUAUUAAAACUAUUUUUGCGAUGGUGUACACAAAUACGUGACUUUGGUCUCCAGCAUAUGUACUCUAUGCGUAGUCUACGGGUUCUUUCUUUAGCUGGUUGUUCACUCAUAUCAGGCCAGGGACUUUGUGGUCUCACACAGCUGCGGUUCUUGGAGGAGCUCGAACUUACAAAUUGCCCUAGUGCCACAAAGGAAGUGUGUCUCUACUUAAAAGAAAACAUGCCACGUUGUAUGAUUCUUGAAUGAGGAACGCAGUGAUGAGUAUAGUCAUGGAUAUGAAAAUAAUAUGCAGUGUGAACGUACUCCGUUUUGCAUGAGGAGGAUAACAAAAAAGGCUUCGCAAAUGUUUUUAGGGAACAUAUUUUACAUUACGUAGAACCCAAAAUUUUGCGACUUAGAUAUGUUUUAUGUUUAACUUAAAGGGCUCACACAUUCCCUGAAAGUUACAAAAUAUUUAGCAUUUGUUUCACUCAUGUUUCAUGCCGGAUUAAAACAUUCCAACGUGUAAACUAACCAUGACUUCAAAUGGUUUCAUGGAUUUUUUUAAAAAUUUAAUUUUAUUUGUGAAUAUUCCAUUCUUUUAUUCUUUAAAUAGAAUCUUAUUUUUUAGAUUUAUUGAGAAUUCUUUUAUAAACAACCGUUAAUUUUACGCCGACUAUUUAAAUUACUUUCAUAUUUAAAUGAAAAGUUUUUGUUUUGCCUUUCCCUCACCUUUCUUGUAUAAAGCGAUAACUUACAUGAAAUUAAUUUAAAUUCUAGGUAUGCUUUAUCUAUCUAAAUGUAUGAUAGCAUUUCCGAUUGAUAUACUAUUUAUGUCUAUCACCCUUUUCUUCUUCGAUCAAAUAUUUAAUUAUGAAAUUUUCAUUCCCAGCCUAAUCGAUAAGAAUAACAGAUUCACAUAUAAGCUAACUCAUAUAUUUUAGUAUUUCUAGAUCAAGUUAAAGCUUACAAUAAUGAAUAAUUAUUAUCCAA